AUGCAGAAGGACUCUGGCCCACUAGUGCCUUCACAUUGGGUCGGCUUUGGCAAUGCAGCACUGAUUGCUUCUGGUAGGUUCAUUGGUUAUGCAAAGGCAGGUAGUGUCCUGUCACUGGCUGCUGGGCUUCUUCCCUGUGCUUUAGCAAGCCUGGGUGCUUUUCAGCUGUCUCAGGAUCCGAGGAACAUUUGGGUUUUCCUAGCCACAUCUGGAGCCUUAGCUGGCAUUAUAGGAAUGAGAUUCUAUGACUCUGGAAAAUUUGCGGGUGCCAGUUUGUCGAUGGUUGCCAAACUUGGAAUUACUGUGUUGAACAUGCCCCGUCAGUAG